UUUCUAUUCAAAGACAAAUAAGCGCGAACCCAUUCAUUCGUUUCUAAACGUCCUCUUCAUCCUCUCUAUCGCCCAUCUCUUCGUUCCUUUACAUUCCUCUCUCCUCCCCUCCCCUCUCACAAAAAAAAACAAUAACUCGAAUCGAAAUGCAUCCAAAGGCCAUCAUCCUCGUCGGCGGACCCUCGCGUGGCACACGUUUCCGCCCCCUUUCGCUCAACGUCCCCAAGCCCCUGUUCCCCGUCGCAGGCAAGCCCAUCAUCUCCCACCACAUCGCUGCCCUGUCCAAGAUCGAGGACCUCAAAGAGAUUCUCCUCAUCGGUUUCUUUGAGGACUCUGUCUUCUCUCAGUUCCUUCAGGAUGCCGCCCGUGAAUACCCUAGCCUUCAUAUCCGCUACUUGCGCGAAUACCAAUCCUUGGGUACCGCUGGAGGGCUCUAUCAUUUCCGCGACGAGAUCUUGCGCGGCAACCCCGAACAGGUGUUCGUCUUGCACGCGGAUGUGGCCUGCACAUUCCCCCUGAUCGAGAUGAAGAAGGCACAUGAGGGCCAUCGUGGACUGUGCACGAUUUUGGGCACGAAGGUGCCGAGGGAAUCCGCCAAUAACUUUGGAUGCCUCGUUGCCAAGGCCGAUACGAACGAGGUUUUGCAUUAUGUGGAGAAACCCGAGUCAUUCAUCUCGAACUUGAUCUCCUGUGGAGUCUAUCUCUUUGACUGUGCCAUCUUUGAUGAAAUCCGCAAGUCGCUCGAGAACAAGAAGGGAAACGUCGAGACAGAUAUCUAUGGCAGGGAAGUUUUCCAGGAUGGCAACAAGUUGCGUCUGGAGCAAGAUCUCCUCCGUCCCUUGGCUCAGGCCCGUAAGCUCUUUGUCUAUGAGACCAAGGACUUCUGGAGACAGAUCAAGACUGCUGGAUCGGCCGUACCCGUGAACGGCUUGUAUCUGGAACAACUUCUGCAGACCAACCCCGAGAAGCUCGCCAAGAACGUUCCCGGUGGACCUGAGAUCGUCGGUGCUGUCUACAUUCAUCCCACCGCCCAGGUUGACCCCAAGGCCAAGCUCGGCCCGAAUGUGUCGAUCGGCCCUAACGUCUUUGUGGGCAAGGGCGCCCGUAUCCGGGACUCGAUUAUUCUCGACAACGUCGACAUCAAACAGAACGCCUGUAUCCUGCACGCCAUCAUCGGCUGGGACUCCAAGAUCGGGUGCUGGACCCGCGUCGAGGGUACUCUCCCGGCUGCCCACAACAGCACGGCCGUGACCAAGAGCGGAUUGAAGAUUCAGUCCGUCACCAUUCUCGGCAAGGAGGUCUCUGUCAAGGACGAGGUCAUCAUCAGGAACUGUAUCGUCUUGCCCCACAAGGACUUGAAGCAGAGCUGUGAGAACGAGAUUGUCAUGUAGAGAGACAUCUUUUGUAAAAUGUUAAAAAAAAAAUCAAGAGAAAAAUAAUUAAACAUCUUUUUGUGGAAGGGG